AUGGCCUUUGGCCUCCGGCUCAUUAGCAAACCCUUUGCCGGAGCCCCCGCUCCCGGGGGGGUCAGUCACGGCCGCGCUCGGAGAGUCCUGGCAGACUUCGGGGUUGCCCAAUGCCGCCACUUCCUCGCGGAGGACGAGGGCUCCGGACGGCUCCGGACGAGCGGCUCCGGGGUGGGGAAGCAGCGCGGCUCCGGGCAUCGCCGGGAGCGGGAGCAGCCAGCCUUGGCGCAGCGGCACGGGGGGCCCCGACGGGGAGCCCUGGGGUGGGGGGCUCAGCCUCCCCCCGGCACCGAGCCCCAGCCUCGCUCCGGGCCCCCCCGGCCGCGGCCGCAGGCAGCAGCCCCCGGGGCGAGCGCUGGCUCGGGCGCCCGGCCCAGCCCGUCCUGCUGCUUCACCGUGACUCUGCAAAACGGCGGGGCGGCGUUGCCGGGGCCUGCCCGGGCACGGCCGACGGCCAUGGCGGGCCCGGCAGGAAGCAGGGCGGCCCGGCUGCGAGCCGCGCCGCUCGGGGCGGAGCGCCCGGGGGCCGGGCCGGGCGGCCGGGUGGAAGGGCCCCGCCGGCUCCCGGCAGCAGCCAUGGCCGAGGCCGCCGACGGGAGCGUCCACACGCGGCACGUCACGGCCGUGCACAACGUGCCCCUGCAGGUCCUCAUCCGGCCCAUCCCCUCGGUGCUGGAGCCCGGCAAGGUGCAGAGCCUGGUGGAGACCCUGCAGGAGGAUCCGGCCCGGGUGCCGCCCAUCGACGUGCUCUGGAUUAAGGGCAGCCAGGGCGGGGAUUACUUCUACUCCUUCGGGGGAUGCCACCGCUACGCGGCCCACCGGGAGCUGGGCCGGGACACCAUCCCCGCCAAGAUCAUCCCGUCCACCCUCAGCGACCUCCGCACCUACCUGGGCUCCUCCACACCCGACCUGCGCUAGCCCCGGGCGGCGCCCCGCGCCGGGGGGCCCCCAGGGUCCCCGCGGGCUGAGCCGGGCCAGGUUCUGGCCUCCCGUGUCCUGGGGUCCCUGUGGGGCGGCCGCGGAGCCGGGGUGUCCGCACGCCCUUCUGGUGGGACCCCCGCCCCGGCGAGCCGGGCUGCUGCGCCGCGGCCGCCCCGCUCGGAGGGCCCCGGCGGGGGACCGGGGCUGAGCCGCGCCGGCCCCGCGCUGCGGCCGGCAGGGGGCGCCCUUGUGCCGCGCCGCCCCGGGCGUGCGAACGGGGCCGGGCCGAGCUGGGCCGAGCCGCGCCGGGGCCGAGCCGCGCCGGGCCGAGCCGGGCCGAACCGCGCCGGGGCCGAGCCGCACCGGGGCCGAGCCGCGCCGGGCCGAGCUGGGCCGAGCCGCGCCGGGGCUGAGCUGCGCCGAGGCUGAGCUGAGCUGAACUGCACCAGGCCAUGCUGAGCCCAGCUGAGCCAAACCAGCCCAGGCCGAGCCAGAGCCGAGGCAAACGGGGGCAGAGCAGGUCCCCAGGCCUCUCCCCGCGGCUUCCCCUGUAGGCAGCCCGGGAGGACCCUGAGCCCUGCCUGCAGCAAAACCUCCCGCCCGCCCAUCCUCGUGCAUCGCCCCAACCCCCUUCUCCAUGGGUGAUGACUCCAGACUGGCACUUUGAGGACACCCCUUGCUGCUCCUGGAAUAAAGACGGUGAAACUCGAA